UUACGUAAUACUGCUGCGGCCCGACAGUUCCACGGGCUCGCGUGUACGCGGCUGCCAGGUUCCAGUACUCGGACCUUGGCUCCUCCAGGGCUUACGAUCCCCGCUCCGACGCCGGCUACGGCCCAGCUGUCACCCGAAUAUGGACUCCGCCAGCCAAGAUAUCAACCUGAAUUCUCCUAACAAAGGUGUGCUGUCUGAUUUCAUGACUGAUGUCCCUGUCGGCCCAGGUGUGGCCCCCCGGACCCCAGCUGUAGAGGGCCUGACAGAGGUGGAGGAAGAAGAGCUCCGGGCUGAACUUGCUAAGGUGGAAGAAGAAAUUGUCACUCUGCGCCAGGUCCUGGCAGCCAAGGAGAGGCACUGUGGAGAGCUGAAAAGGAGGCUGGGCCUUUCUCCUUUAGGGGAGCUGAAGCAGAACCUGUCUAGGAGCUGGCAUGAUGUGCAGGUCUCUACUGCCUAUGUGAAAACGUCUGAGAAACUUGGAGAGUGGAAUGAGAAAGUGACCCAGUCUGACCUCUACAAGAAGACUCAAGAAACCCUUUCACAGGCAGGACAGAAGACAUCUGCUGCCUUGUCUACCAUGGGUUCUGCCAUCAGUAGGAAGCUCGGAGACAUGAGCAGCUACUCCAUCCGCCACUCGAUAAGUAUGCCAACCAUGAGGAACUCUGCAACCUUCAAGUCAUUUGAAGACCGAGUAGGGACCAUAAAGUCUAAGGUUGUGGGUAGCAGAGAGAAUGGCAGCGAUAACCUCCCUUCCUCACCUGGAAGUGGUGACCAGCCAUUACCGGAUCAUGCACCUUUCUAAGCUCGUCCUAGCUUAUCGUCCACAGAAUACAGAAGCACACCCUCAUCAUCACAGCUGCAACUCUGCAUGACAGAGCAACCAGCCAGGGCCAGCAAAGAGCUGGAUUUGAAGACAGUCAUACCCAUCUACGUGCAGAUGUGGCUGCUGCCUUGGCAUGAAUUAGAGAACAAUCUUGUUCAUAAAUGUUUUACACUAAAGUUCAUAGAUGAAGCAGGUCACUGCUGUCCUUUCCAGGGCCACAGGAAGUGGACAGGGUGGAGGAGCCCAAGUGGUACGUUCCCUUUGGCGGUCUCACCAGGAUGCUGAGGGAAGAGUUGUCAGGGGUAUUGCCUGCCCUCCUCCCCAUAGCUCAGAAGAUCAUACUGCAUCGUUUGAGAAAUGAGAGAGUUCUCUUAUUUUCUGAGACCCCAUAAAGGAAACAUAAGCAACCGCUUCAUUCUUAGAGAACAACCUGGCUGUGACAGAAGCAGAUCCACUAUUUUUUAAAUGUGAUGGACUUUUCAAAAAUUAAAUAGAAAAAAGUGAGGCAAAACAACUUUAGCCUCAUUAUUGAAUAUUUCUUUGCAUUCAAGCCUUACAUUGCCUUAUGCUUUAUUUGUUUAUAGUCUUUUAUAUCCCUACAAAUGAGGGGUCUUUAAUGGGCUAUGGGUACUAUGUAGAGUUUUAUCUCUGUUCCAUCUCAUACUCUGCCAGUAUCAGUUAGUGUAUUUUAUUUCUCUAACACUUUCUCCUGGUAUGCAAAACUUGGUUCUUUUGAAGAAUGGCAUUUCCCAGUAGCUUUCCAGUCUGGCCCACAAGGCUCUUGUGCUGUGGGUCAGGAGGACAGAGAGAAGGAAAAAAGCCUCAGUCUUUGGUAUUUUAAUGACAUGUGCCCUGCAUAGUGUUGCUCUGCUGACAGCGAGCAGGACUCUGGUCCGUAGUACCUGUCUGCCUGUCCAUGACACAAAGAAUAAAUGAGAGGCAGAACCAACCCUGCAGGUCACGUGGGGAUGUAGUUUUCAUUCAGCCAGAACUCUGCUGUCAUCUAUUCUCAGGAGCUACCAAGAUUUCUUUUCUAAGUUCCCUUCUCCUGCCUCCAAUUGCCACAUUCUACAACCUCUCAACGCCAGGGCCCUAAGUGUUGGGAGGCAUGGUCUGGAGGGAGGGGCAGCACUGUGCCUUAGUGGCUCUUAGCAGGGCAAAGACUUUAUUGUGUGCAUAUCUCUGCACUCCUGGAGUGAGGUGGGGUCUUUCCAUUUUAGUGUCUGGUUUGAUGCGGUGUGAUGUAUCCUUUGAUUAUCAAGUACCUUGGUUUCUUUGGAUACCCUUAGAGUACUAUACCAUACAAAACAAGGAACGGUGAGGAACUGGGGAGUUGAAGAAGAGACAUCGUGAUGUCUUCUCUUCCAGCGUUAAAACAGUUGUGUAAGAGGUGGUGACAGGAGUGCAGGUCAGUGAUGUAUCUUCCUACAAGAGUAACAGGAAACUUGUCAAUAAAGCAUUCCUUUGGAGGAAAAUCCACA